CAGGUUUUGACGGACUGAAUGUAGAUGGCAUUCCUGGGGAGGAUUAUCUGACCACACAGCAGUUCUGGGCAGAAGUACUACCACGUGUUCUCGCUACCAGUAUUGACACAGGCUGAAAGUCUGUCAACUGCAGAGAAAUGGAGUGUCAAUGUGAAAAGGACAACUCUGAGAAUGCAGGCUGGUGGAUGAGCAGCAACAGUGCCCAGAUGGGAGCUUUUACUGUGGUGGGGUAUUUCCUCUACAGAUUCUCGCAAACACUCCCAGCACUGAUCCGAUGGCCAAUUCGACUGUUCUGCUCUCUAACUGGUCUGUCGACUCUUUGGAGCUGGGUGAGCCGCCUAGUGGGAACCCUUCGUGGAAUCCAGAGCCUGUGUAAAUGGCUGUCUCGAAUUUGGCGGUUUGUCGGAGCAACUUCGUCAAAGUUCAAAUGGUUGAUUGCUAUCAUCACAGGGUCAUCCGGAGCACUGGGGUCAGAGAAGGAUCCGACCAGCAGCGGCAACAAACCAGGCAUGAGGCUGAUCCUCCUGGGGCCCACAGGUGGAGGACGGACCUCCCUAGCCGAUACUUUGUUGGGCAACAGUGAGAAAACGGCUCCCACGGGUCCCCAAAUGGAGAGCACCAAGAGAAGGACAGUCAUGGGUGGUAGAGAGGUAAUAGUGAUCGACACCCCAGAUCUUUUGGGGCGGUCAUUGGGGAACAACAAGAGAGCCAGGGAAGCUCUGAGGAGCCUUCAGCUCUCCAGUCCUGGACCACACGCCUUCCUGCUGGUGAUACCAGCAGCAGGGGCCAGCACAAGGAACGACCAGGAUCUAGCUCAGGCGAUCCGAUCCACCCUUAAGCUGUUUGGAGACGGGGCUGCGGGGUACAUCAUACCAGUACUCACCCAUGCAGACCUCCUAGUUCCAAGGCAAACUGUAGAUCAGAUGCUGGAUGUGGACUCUAAGGGUCUGGAGAGGGCUCUGUCAUUAUGCGACCAGAGGCCAGAGCUGGUGGACAACAGGCCAGACUGCCCCCCAGAGGAAAAGAGCAUGAUGCGCAGGCAGCUGGUGGGGCGGGUGAUGGAGAUGAACAGUGGGCAUUUUGUCCACGAGCUGCAGAGGAGGGAAGACCACAUCAGGGAGGAGCUGCUCGCUGACAUGGGCUCUGUACUGGCUGGAAAACUGGGAUACAUGUAAAAGAGAGCGGGGGAAGAUGAAAUGGGGUCGUUGGUGUGUGUGUGUGUGUGUGUGUGUGUGUGUGCGUGUGUGUGACCGAGUUGUUGGGGCAGUCAAACAAUAAGGAGGCAGGAUUCAUUCAAGUGUUAAACAUGCCAUUUUGACUUUCAGUGUAAGCGUGAUUCUUUGCCUGGGGUAUUUUCGUCACUCUGCUGGUUCACCACUGUCCAAAUGAAUUUACUACCUUUGGCCGCCUUUUGGUUUUUUAACAUGCCACAGAUGCUUUUGGUUAGAUAUCAUGCCCAUACAUACUUCUCUUUCCCAUUUUGGUGUGUUGUAAUGCUUCAAUGUCUGUAUAUUCUUUUGUGAAAGCCUGCGCCUCAUGUUUUCUUACUCUGCUCCAGCGCUUGGCACUCCCUUAUCUUUAAUAAUAUAUAGGAGAUAUCAAACUUUAAAGAUGAUCAGGGGAAAUAAACUGAAGUCACAUUGGGACUAGAGUCCAGCAGUACUGUUUUAAUGUAUACUGUGCUUUCUCCAGAGGCCUCUGAAACAGCAGUUAGACUACAAAAUUAACAAUUACUUAAAUAUGAAAUACUACCUGUUUUUAUGAAGCUGUGAUCAGAAAAUAAAUCUUUAUCAUAUUGU